CCGUAUCUCAACCCGUCUUCUUACCCCCUCCCGCGCCUAUUCCUUCCAUCAACCUAUUCUCCCUCCGAACCGUGAUGCUUCAGGGCAUGGAAUAGCUGUCUAGAUGACCCAGGAAUCUCCGUGGGGACAGCCAGCGAAGCAGCAACAUAGUGCCCGGCAGGUCCUCACCCCGAUAUCCACCGCUUUCAACUCGUCCACCAGUCAAUCCACCUCACGAGCAAGCGCGUCAUCUUCUGCUUCGUUGCAAAAUUCCAAAUCCCCUGCUCCAUCUUCCUCCCAUCCCCUUUCGCAGCCUCCGACACAUCGCGCUCCGAGUCGCGCUUCGUCCGUCUCGUCCAACCCUUCGCCUUUCCCAGCCACGCAGCAGUCUGCUUCAAGCCAGCUGCUCGCCGGCGCCCGAUCGAGAGCCAUAGCUUCCUCGAAUAAUCCAUCAUCCACUUCCUCCGCCGCGGGUUUGUCUGCCCCAUCUCAAGGAGCUGCGGCGGCCAGCAGCGGCGGGGGAGGAGGAACCGCCAAACUGGCUCGAGCCUCACCCUCUCUCUCGCUUUCCAGCGGCAUUGGUUCCCCUAUCGGCUCGGCCAAUCCAAAUUCGAUUCCUGCAACCAACCAAGCGUUGGCGAAGAUCGUGAUUGCGCAGGUAUUCCUGUUAUUGAGUGGACUCAAGGACGAUAGGGACAAGCCAAGGUUCGAUCAGCAGGCGGAGCAAUUGCGCAAGUUAAUCGAUGCGCACGGCAUGGAUGUUUUCUCCAAAUACUUCCGCCGACUUCUACAACAAAAUGCCGCUCAAGUAUUUCCAAGCUCAGGUCGAGUUGACACUCACGGAAGUUACGGAAUCCUAGUGGGAGAGCUUCAGAAGGUUCGCACGGAUAUUCAGCAAGCUGAUAAGAUCGCGGAAUCCAUCAGCGCACCGGAGGGCGAAUUCUCCCGCGAUUUUGAUUUAUCGACCUUUAUCGAUCACUUCAAGUUAGAUAUUUUUGCAAAGAUUGCACUUGCUUCAUCCUUCAAGCGCGUUGCAAAAGGCGAUCUGAAGACCAAAGCGGAUGCAAUACUCUCCAACUCUCUCAAAACCUUCUUUGCUGCCCUCUCCACUCCCAAUCGUGAAGAGGACGACGUCUCACCUGAGUAUCUCGGUUCGUUGCUCGAACGGAUUGGACGCGAUCCACCUCGGAAUUGGAACGACGAGAACAAGGCUCACCUCCAUUUUGCCCUUACAUCUCGAUACGACGCCUUAAAACGAUCUCCUUCGCCAGCGGUGCGAUCGGCAUUAAUCGCCAUGGACCUCGUGCAGGAGAGCGAUGUUCUUGUCCGAGCGCUCCUCGAUGCGGGACCAAGUGGCACAGCUUCACUGGAGGCAGCCAAAGAGAUGGUCUCGAAGAUCGACGUACAAAGCUUGAGCGCCGGUCAGAUCGCGAAGUCGCUAAUCUUCCUCAUCACGACAUUCCAAUCCGCUCAAUACAAAGCCCCUCACCUCAUUAUGGCGAUCCAUGACAGCCGUGCCGGAACACCUGUCGAUUGGAAAGAAGUGGUUUCUUCACUUGAUCGCAACGGCUUGAGUGUCACGAAGCAACAGUUUCUUACACUCUACGAUUCACUUCUUCCUGUUGCCGAAAAAACCGAAACCUUCGAUAUCCAGCAGCUAUGGGGUGGCACAUGGAACCACAUCGACACUCAGCUAUCCUUUGUGGUCGCCUUCCUAUCCUGCACCCCAGAAGAGGUGGAUGCAUCUCGAAUCCCAAGGCUCCGAGCAGCGUACUCAUCGGAUCAAUUCAAAGAUUGCUCUGAUGAAGUGAAAGCAUAUGCCGAGAAAGCCGUCAAGCACCCGCUUGUUUCACUCGACGCUACAGCGGCCUUGUUCAACAUGAUUUUCCGUUCGCAAGAAACCUACAACCAUGCACAAGACCUCCGAAUCCCCGAAACCAUCAUCAACCCCAACACCGAUCUUUUUCUUGUCGCUGCAUCAAAGGUUCCGAAGCCCUGGACAUUAUUGCAAGACCAGGCCAUUCGUCAACUGUUUUGGCCGUUUUUGCGAAGGCAGCUACCGAACUACGGUUUUGUCCUGAAUGGGCUAUGGAACAACGAUUCCUCCUGGAUUGUGGAACGCCUGAUCGAUCUUUAUGCCCAAAACGCAGCCUAUGUGAGCCUGUUUUUCGACCAAGCACAGGAACAGGGUUGGCUGGAGCCUCUCACCAGCAUGCAGAACGAGCUCGGUGCAGAUAUCGUCGUUUAUGCACAUGCGCGAGGAGCUCUCGACCUCAAGGCUUGGCUUGACCGCAUGGCAAAGCAGAGUCCGGAGAACUUCCCGAAAGCGUUGUAUCAGUUCACGCUUGCCAAAGCGAAUGCCUUCAUCGAAGCCCACCGUGAGAAACUGCAAUUCGCCAUCGAGAUGUCCGUCAAGACAGUUUACGAAAUGAUCAAGUUUCUGGAACGCUACGUUGAAGAGGAUGACAUGGCGCCCCUAGAACGUGUCUGCAUAUCGGCAUAUCCUCGACUUGUCAACUAUGGUGAAGGACACGACGACGCCCUAGAUGAAAACGGGAAGAACGGCAAUGCCAUUGGGCCUGAGACGGAUGCGAAAAUGCAAGAGCACUUCAAGAACAUGUAUAGCGGAGAGAGCGAUGUUCGCGACAUCAUCGAAGCCCUUCAGCGAUACAAGAGCUCCUCCGAGCCCGCCGAUCAAGAUCUCUUCGCAUGCAUGAUUCACGGAUUGCUGGAUGAGUACAACUGCUUCGGUCAGUACCCCAUGGAAGCGCUUGCUACUACUGCCGUUCUCUUUGGGAGUAUCAUCAACUUCAAGCUUCUUGGUCACAUUGCCCUUCAGACCGCACUCUCGAUGGUAUAUGAAUCAGUGCGGGACUUCACCCGGCAGGACCCCAUGUUCAAGUUUGGACUGCAAUCCAUGAUUCAAUUCACCAAGCGCCUUCAGGAAUGGCCUUCCUUCUGUGAACGCCUCUUGCGCGUUCCUGAUCUGCAAGGUACUGAGGUCUGGACUGUUUCCCAACAGGUCGUCGGCGAAACCCGAGGAACAGAUGUGAACGGAGAACCGAACGGCGUCACCCUCACGAACGGUGACACAGAUAAAUAUCCCCAACCCGCUCUCCCCGAGUUUUCAUCCCUCCAAGUGGAUGCUCCGACGAGAUCUGACUUCGAGGAGCCAGAUGAUGACACGCAAGAGAAGGUGCUCUUCUUCCUAAACAACGUCACGGAGAGCAACCUGGGCGAGAAAAUCUCCGACCUCACCGUUCUCAAGGAGACACAUGUGCAGUGGUUUGCCUCUUAUGUCGUUGCGGAACGAGCCAAGCUACAGCCCAACUUCCAUCGACUUUACCUCGAGGUGCUCAAACAUCUGAGUGACAAGACUCUGUGGGCGGAAGUCUUGAGGGAGACGUACGUCACCUGCUUCCGUUUACUGAAUUCGGAGACGACCUUAAGGGAUCAAACGGAAAAGGUUCACCUGAAGAACAUUGCUUCAUGGCUGGGCCUCCUCACCAUUGCUCGCGACAAGCCCAUAAAGUUCAAGAACAUCUCGUUCAAGGAUCUCCUCAGCGAAGCAUACGAUACCCAACGCCUUGUCAUCGUCAUCCCCUUCACUUGCGCGGUUCUUGUGCAAGCGGCAGCCUCCACAGUUUUCAGACCGCCUAACCCAUGGCUCAUGGAAGUCGUUCGCGUCUUGGUGGAACUAUACCACUUUGCAGAGCUCAAACUUAACUUGAAGUUUGAGAUUGAAGUUCUCUGCAGAAAAUUGGAGCUUGACCACAAAGCCAUUGAGCCGAGUUCGUUCAUCCGUACCCGACCUCUCGACCAAGAGUCAUUCUUGGAUAUGGCCGAAGCUGCAGACCUUCCUAACGACGGGCUCGCACUCAUUGGACUGAACCGUGUUGGUGGAAACGAGCGGUUCUCUCAGACAGCCAUUACUGCCAGCAUUCCCGACUUCAGCGCCCAACUUGUCUACCCACCUUCGUCCAGCCGACUGGUCGGCGAACCUCGACUCCGACAGAUCUUCCAGACGGCAUCUCAAUCAGCGGUUGCCGAAAUCAUCGCUCCCGUUGUUGAGCGUUCAGUCACAAUUGCCUCCAUUGCAGCUGCUCAACUGGUCACCAAGGAUUACGCGACCGAGCCGAACGAGGAACGAUUCCGGGAAGCCGCAUACAACACCGUCAAAGCACUUUCCGGAAGCCUCGCUCUGGUGACCUGUAAGGAGCCACUGCGUGUGAGCAUCACCAACAAUAUUCGCAUGAUGGCUCGCGAUCUUCCCGAGCAAGCACUCCCCGAAGGCCUGAUUCUCAUGUUCGUCAACGAUAAUCUCGAUACCAUCUGCAACAUCAUUGAACAAGCCGCGGAGACGCAGUCAAUCAACGAGAUCGACAACCAGAUCGAAGAAGCCGUUAGGGUCCGCCAGGUCCACAACACCACUCGCAUGGGCGAGACUUUCAUGCACCCUCAGCUCAGCCGCUGGGCACUGUUCAUCCCCGACCCGUACAAACAGAUGCCUGGUGGGCUCAAUCGAGAACAGCUCGCCAUCUACGAAGACUUCGCUCGUCAUGCACGCGGCAUCCCUACUCAUGGACCGUCGUCCUCGCAGGAAACUCCUCGUCAGCUCCAAGAGGCUAUUCAGGAGCAAUUCCCACCUGUUCCGAAUCUGCCUACUCCUGCCGAAGCCCCUGCGGUUCUACAACAAGCGCCCCCACAGCAAACCGCCACACCGCAACAGCCAGGCGCGCUUGCUCAGCAGCAAGUGAAUGGCUUCAUGCCGCCCGAUCUCUACCAACGAAUGCAAGAACUGUUCAACAACCUUCAUCGCACGAUCAAGGAGGCAUCUGAAGAGCAUGCUACCGAUUUGGGCCCACAGUCGCCGGUUCGCGGGCACUAUCAGCAACUCUUGCAAUUUAUUGAAGCUUCCGGAGGACCCAGAGAGCCAGUCCAUGACAUCCUUGCCGUUCCCAUCGCUCAGCGAAUCUCUCAGCUUCUGUUCGAGGAUGCGACAAGGCUGGAAAUCGAGGUCUUCGUUCAGCUGCUCUCACAUUUGUCCAAGAUGUCCGAGCACGCUGCGCGUAUUGUCUACACCUGGCUCUUCAAUUUCGACGAGAAGCGCGUGCUUGUGGCACCGGUGACCAUUUCCUUGUUCAACUCUGGCCUUCUCCCGGCCGAACGUGUGGAUGGAUUGGUCGCGAAGGGUCUCAAGCAACGAACCCCACAAGCUGUUCACUUCAUGCAUGAGCUAGUAGAUGAUGUGGUAAUUCGAGAGAAUAUGGGUUCCCUUCGGACGGACUUCACUCAAUCAUUUGAGGCUCUCGCGCAAUGGGCCGUUACCGACCCGGAAUUCGAGGGUGCACGGAGCGUCCUUUCGAAAGCUGCAUCUCAUAUCCCAACUGAUGUGGAAACCCCCCCCGCUUCCAAAUCUGCGGACGACUACGAAGCAAUCUUCGAGCACUGGAUCCAUUUGCAGCAGGUUGAUGCUCCCGAACGGGUUCUCGCGACAUUUGUCUACCAGCUCUACGAAAAGAAGGUCAUCGAUACUCAGGAGAGUUCCAUAGGGUUCUUCCGCGCCUGUAUUGACAUGGGGCUGGACACUCUCGUGGAGCCACUUUCAGCCAAGGACGAACCGAACUACCUAUUUGUCGACUCGUUCGCCAAACUUGUCCUCUGUCUCGGAACUCACAAUGGCGGUGACGAAAGCAGAUCCGGAGCGUCCUUCCUGGAGGCAGCACUGAGCCUUGUCUGCUUGAUCUGCUCGGCCCACCAGGGGUCGCAAAAGGAGCGAUGGAAUCCCACUUUCUGGUUCCGCUUCUUCAAGACAACCUUGGAUCAGAUCCAAGAGGUAUCCAAGCGACCGGAACGAUACACUUUCGCGUGCGACGCUUUGAUCUUGGUUGGGAGAUCGCUAUUGUUCCUUCAGCCUCAACGUCACUCCUCGUUCUCUACUUCAUGGCUGUCCUUGAUCGGAUACAAAGAGUUCAUGCCUGCGAUGCUUACCAUGACUGAUGGCGGAUACUCCGAGCGUUGGGACGUCUAUGCAUCGCUAAUCGAGGCCGGGCUGGAAUUCGUGGGUAACCUCGUCAAGCCUGUCGAGGCAUCGGGUGCUCGCCGACUGUACUACAGUGCCGUCCUUCGUAUUCUCUUGGUCCUUCAUCAUGACUUCCCGGAGUUCUUGGCCGAAAACCAUUACCGACUUUGCAACGCAAUCCCCGUGCAUUGUGUUCAGCUCCGAAACCUGGUUGUCAGCGCGUACCCAUCUUCGUUUCCCGAGCUUCCGGACCCGUUCACUGCGGGCUUGAAGGUCGACCGUCUUGAAGAGAUCAAGAAGGCCCCGGUCGUGCGUGGUGACUUCGAAACACCGCUUGACAAAGCAGACAUUCUCGAACCGGUUAAAGCCCUUCUGGAGACCCUCGAUCAGUCUCCGGAGCAGUUGAAGCAGGUCAUGUCCGUGUUGAACGGGAUUGAAGAGAAAGACAGCUCGAACACAUUCGGGUACCCGGAUGUGACGGUUGACACCACCCUCAUCCACGCCGUUGUCCUCUAUAUCGCGGUCUCUGCAUUGGACGCCGGCGGGCGUACUGCGUUCAACGCCCAGUCUCCCCAUGCGAAGCUUUUCGAAAACAUCGCCAAACAAUCUCACUACAGCACGCGUUAUCUCCUGAUCAGCGCGAUUGUGAAUCAACUCCGUUACCCCAACAGCCACACCCACUGGUUCUCCUAUCUUCUCCUGCACCUCUUCGGAUUCCCGAACAACGCCACCACAUAUAGUGAGGCGGAGGCGGCAAACCUUGCCGGCGUGCAAGAGCAGAUCACGCGAGUUUUGUUGGAGAGGCUCCUCGUGCACAGACCUCACCCGUGGGGAUUGAUUAUCACGUUGCUGGAAAUUUUGAAGAAUCCCAGCUACGGGUUCUGGGAGCUGCCGUUUGUGAAGGGUUCGGGGGAGAUCGAACAACUUUUUGGGACGCUCUUCCGACAUAUUGAGAGUCCUCGAACGGUUUAGGUGCCGUUCCUGGAAGUUGAACGAGUUGGGCAAUGCCGAUGAAGCGGCUAGACUUAUGGCAAUCUUACCUCCUUGUGGGUUGACACUUUUCACGACGCCAUGGCAACCUACAUCCAUAUCAUGGCGCGAGGAUGUCAACUCUCCCAGAUGAGGCAAUGAACAUUUACCAAAGAAAAUCCAUGACGGGCGGAUCAUGGCAUCCAUGUUUCUUUCGAAGCGACGGGGCGGUGGUUCACGGCGUCCUAAUGAUGCAUCUCUUUCCUAGAAAGGUUGCUUCUCCAUCUCCCAAAAGCAUCCGAGGGCUUUCAUCAGCGAGCUUUUCAUAUCUCCUCUGCUUGCGGUCAGCCUAGGUCCGGAUGGAUGGGUAUGGAUACGGUUCUCCAUAACACGUGGAUUCGUCCUGGUUCUGCAAUGUAGCAUAGUUUAAUGGCUUCUUAUAAGCAUCGGGUGGAAUGGCGUUUUCGGGACAAAAUCCAAU